GGACGACUGGCCGCGCCCCAGAGUUCUUCGCGUGCAGGUGGCAGCCAGGACUCAGCGGAGCCGGCGGCUCCCACACUCCCGCGCAAAGGCCGGUGGGCCGCAGGGCGGGCGGCUAUGGCAGUGGCCACCGCGGCGGCACUUCUGGCUGCACUGGGCGGGGCGCUGUGGCUGGCGACCCGACCCAGGGUCCAGCAGUUGCCCGGAGGCGCGAACCCCGGCCUCAUGCACGGGAAGACAGUGCUGAUUACCGGGGCGAACAGCGGCCUGGGCCGCGCCACGGCGGCGGAGCUACUGCGCCUGGGGGCGCGGGUGAUCAUGGGCUGCCGAGACCGCGCUCGCGCUGAGGAGGCGGCCGGGCAGCUCCGCCGCGAGCUCAGCCAGGCCGGGGCGCCCGAGCCAGGCCCAGACGCCGGCCGGGCGGGCGAGCUCGUCGUCAAGGAGUUGGACCUCGCUUCGCUGCGCUCAGUGCGCGCCUUUUGCCAGGAGAUGCUGCAGGAAGAGCCUAGGCUGGACGUCUUGAUCAAUAAUGCAGGAAUCUUCCAGUGCCCCUAUAUGAAGACUGAAGAUGGAUUUGAGAUGCAGUUUGGAGUGAACCAUCUGGGACACUUUCUGCUCACCAAUCUUCUCCUGGGACUCCUCAAAAGUUCAGCUCCAAGCAGAAUUGUGGUAGUUUCUUCCAAACUUUAUAAAUAUGGAGACAUCAACUUUGAAGACUUGAACUGUGAACAAAGCUAUAAUAAAAGCUUUUGUUAUAGUCGGAGCAAACUGGCUAACAUUCUUUUUACCCGAGAACUAGCUCGCCGCUUAGAAGGCACAAAUGUUACUGUCAACGUAUUACAUCCUGGUAUUGUUCGGACUAAUCUUGGGAGGCAUAUUCACAUUCCACUGUUGGUCAAACCACUUUUCAAUUUGGUGUCAUGGGCUUUUUUUAAAAGUCCAAUAGAAGGUGCCCAGACUACCAUUUAUUUAGCUUCCUCUCCUGAGGUAGAAGGCGUGUCAGGAAAGUACUUUGGAGAUUGUAAAGAGGAAGAACUGUUGCCCAAAGCUAUGGAUGAUGCUAUUGCAAGAAAACUCUGGGAUAUCAGUGAAGUGAUGGUUGGCAUAUUAAAAUAGAACCAAGGAGUAAACCAGCUACUUAUAGGAACCUAGAUAUCGGUUAUAUUUGUGAUCAGGAAUGGUGUGGCUUGAAUAUUUGUUAUCUGGAAAAAACAAUUUUGGUUUUAAAAUAGCACUGCAAAGAGGUGCAUGUGGAUUUUUUUUUAGAAACUGGAAAGUCAUUUUUUGGAAUACAGAAUUUCAGCAAAAAUGUGUUAAAUACAUACAAUAAGGGAUAAUGAAUAUAAUAGGCAAUACAAUUAUAUUUUAAAAAUUAUAAUUGGCAAGCACAAAUUACAAAUAUUAAAGAGUUCGUAACUUAAAAGAAGUAUCCUGAGAGGUUUUUUUUUAAGUAUCUGCAUUUUGUGGCCAAAGCAUUAAAAAUGUUUACUAUGAUGCUGGGUUUUGUGUGGAAAUAAUAUGCCUAGUGUGUGCACACAAAUCUUACUUGAAAUAAACUUACUAGUG